AUGUCCAAAUCGAAGAGCUCAAUGUUCCAGACACUUUCGCCACUUCCUUCACUUGCUGCACUGAAGAUUGUCGUGACUACUCCAACUGACUGUCCUGAUCAAGCUGAGCCCUGGGGUCGCCGACCAUGGAUCGUUGAUUUGUACGAUCUCAAUGGAAACACCGAGGUCAUCUUCAUCGCCGCCGCACUUGGUAUUCCAGCUUUCAUCUUGACUUUCUUGGAUAACGGUAUCACUUGGCACAUUGUCAACCACCCAAGCAACAGACUUGCCCACGGAGAUGCCUACAACUACGAUACUGUCACCUCUGCCAUCAUGGUCUCUUGGUAA